CCGCGCCGCCGCGCCCGCCUCCCCUGCGCGUGCUUGCGGUGCUGCUCCCCGCGCCGUCGCCGCUCGCCGCUGGCACCGCAGCCAUGGCCGACAUCAAGACGGGCAUCUUCGCCAAGAACGUGCAGAAGAGACUCAACCGUGCGCAGGAGAAGGUCCUUCAGAAGCUUGGGAAGGCUGAUGAGACCAAAGACGAACAGUUCGAAGAAUAUGUCCAGAAUUUCAAACGUCAAGAAGCAGAAGGCACCCGACUUCAGCGAGAACUCCGAGGCUACUUAGCAGCCAUCAAAGGGAUGCAGGAGGCCUCCAUGAAGCUCACCGAGUCCCUGCAUGAAGUGUACGAGCCUGACUGGUACGGGCGGGAAGACGUGAAGAUGGUUGGGGAGAAAUGUGAUGUGCUGUGGGAAGACUUUCAUCAGAAACUAGUGGAUGGGUCCUUGCUGACUCUGGAUACCUAUCUGGGCCAAUUUCCUGACAUAAAGAACCGUAUCGCCAAGCGCAGCAGGAAGCUGGUGGACUACGACAGCGCGCGCCACCACCUGGAGGCACUGCAGAGCGCCAAGAGGAAGGACGAGAGCCGUAUCUCAAAGGCAGAAGAAGAAUUUCAGAAAGCCCAGAAAGUGUUUGAAGAGUUUAACGUCGAUUUACAGGAAGAGCUGCCUUCACUGUGGUCAAGACGAAUUGGAUUUUACGUCAAUACUUUCAAAAAUGUCUCUAGCCUCGAGGCCAAGUUUCAUAAGGAAAUUGCAGUGCUUUGCCACAAACUAUUUGAGGUGAUGACGAAACUGGGCGACCAGCAUGCUGACAAGGCCUUCACCAUUCAGGGAGCCCCGAGUGACUCCGGUCCUCUCCGCAUGGCAAAGACACCUUCACCUCCUGAGGAGCCUUCACCCCUCCCAAGCCCGACAGCUAGUCCUAAUCAUACUUUGGCACCUGCGUCCCCUGCCCCCGUGCGACCAAGGUCACCUUCACAGACAAGGAAAGGACCCCCUGUUCCACCUCUGCCAAAAGUCACCCCGACUAAGGAACUGAAGCAGGAGAAUAUAAUCAAUUUCUUUGAGGACAACUUUGUUCCAGAAAUCAGUGUAACAACUCCUUCUCAGAAUGAAGUUCCUGAAACAAAAAAAGAGGAAACUUUGCUGGAUCUGGACUUUGACCCUUUCAAACCAGAGGUCACACCUGUGGCUUCUGCUGGAGUGACCCACUCACCUAUGUCUCAGACACUGCCCUGGGACCUAUGGACGACAAGCACUGAUUUGGUACAGCCAGCUUCUGGUGGUUCAUUUAAUGGAUUUACCCAGCCUCAGGACACUUCAUUAUUCACGAUGCAGACAGCCAUCAGCAACUUGGCUGAGUCAGAACCUGCUCCACUCACUGAGCCAACUGCAGAGGAGCCGCUGGCCGCUGGACCAGAACCUGGACUGGACACCCAAGCUGAGGAGCCCAUAGAAGGGGCAGCAGUCCCGCCUGGCACGGAGGCUGAUGUGGCAGCCACAGCAGAAGGAGCCCCCGUGGGUGUGGUCGAGCCAGGGAAGGCAGCUGUGCCCGCUGAGGAAGAGGCAAGGUUAGAGGAGACUAAGGCCGAGACGGACACCACAGAGGCCGGAGAGAGCGAGCAGCCUCAGCCAGAAGAAACAGAGGCCGCCACACCCCAGGAGAAGGUCAUCCCCUCCGUGGUCAUCGAGCCUGCCUCCAAUAAUGAAGGGGAUGGAGAGCACGACGCGCCCGCAGGGACGGCCCUCCCCAGCGACGCCUCGGACCAGCCCGCACCCGGCCUCGCUGCGGGCCAGGCCCUGCAAGACCUGCCGCCGGGCUUCCUCUACAAGGUGGAAACACUGCAUGAUUUUGAGGCAGCAAAUUCCGAUGAGCUUAACCUGCAGAGGGGUGAUGUGGUGUUGGUGGUGCCCUCGGACUCGGAAGCUGACCAGGAUGCAGGCUGGCUGGUGGGAGUGAAGGAGUCAGACUGGCUUCAGUACCGAGAUCUUGCCACCUACAAAGGCCUCUUUCCAGAGAACUUCACCCGGCGCCUGGAUUAAGCCCCCAGUAUUGCCAGAGUAGCCUGCUUCCUGGGUUCUUAAACCUGUGUGGAACUGGAAGAGCUCACUUUUGUUAUUACACUCUUGGUGAUGGACAGACUGAUGC